UAUAUAUAUAUAUUCAAAACCACCAAACCUAUCUUGCUAGUGCUCUCUCUCUCUCUCUCUUUUCUUCAACAAAAGUGAAGAAAUGGUCAAAACAAAAACGAUCCUCCUGUUAUUCUUCUUCAACAUUUUAAUUCUCCAUUCUCUAUCCAUCUCGACGGACACAUUCCUCUACGGAGGGUGCACACAAGAAAGGUACACCGCAACCUCACCCUACGAGUUCAACCUCAACUCGCUCCUCACCUCACUAGUCAACUCAGCAACCUACUCAUCCUACAACAACUUCACCAUCAUUGCCUCAAAUCCAAACGACGUCGUUUACGGUCUCUACCAAUGCCGCGGCGACCUCUCCAUGCCGGACUGCGCCUCCUGCGUCAGUAAAGCCGUCUCACGCGCCGGUGACAUAUGUCCGGCGGCCUGCGGCGGAGCAGUUCAGUUAGAGGGAUGUUACGUGAAAUAUGACAAUGCUAAGUUUUUGGGCGUGGAGGACAAAACGGUAAUAUUGAAGAAAUGUGGGCCCUCCAUUGGAUAUGAUCCGGGUACGAGAGAUGCGGUGUUAUCCGGGUUAGUGGGUUCGGGUGGGUAUUUUAGGGUUGGUGGGUCGGGUCAGUUGAAGGGAAUGGUGCAGUGUAGUGGGGAUUUGAGUUUUGUGGAGUGUCAGGAUUGUGUUUCGGAUGCGAUCCGACGGUUGAGGAUUGAUUGUCCUGCCGCGGAUUACGGGGAUAUGUUUUUGGCGAAGUGUUACGCGAGGUACUCUACUGGGGGUGGUGGUGGGGCCCAUGCUUACUACAAGCCCCAUGGUAAAUCGGACAAUGAUGGUCAGAAAACAUUUGCCAUAAUUAUUGGAUUAUUAGCAGGCGUGGCUAUACUUAUUAUUUUCCUAGCAUUCUUGAGAAGGAUUUGUGAGGGACAUGGUAAAUAAAUUGAUUUAAGUUUGUCAAAGGCAUGUGGCAUUGAACCACUGAUCAGUAACUUCUCAGCCUUCUUCUCCAUUGCAAUUUGCUUUUGGAAUCUCUUUUGCUUAAUUUCCUUUUUAUCUUCUCAAUGUUUUAUCUUUUCUUUUCCCCUCUCUUUUUUAUUAUAAAAUUACAUUCAAAAGACUAAAGAGAUUUUUGAUAAAGAUGACAUUAGAAAAGGAUAUGCACGAUGGGACACUCAUUCAUACAAAAGGCAAAAGGAAAAGAGGAACAAAAGAGAACCAAAUAUUCUGUUUUCCUCACCUCUUUCCACUCAACAAAGUUGUGUUGUAACUUGUCUCAUCCCAUUGCAAAGACAUAAUAUAUUGCAUCAUUCUUUGUUUUUUUAAAUGUUCUAUAAUAUUUCACCAUUAUUGUUAGUAUGUGCUCCCAUGAACUUUUGGGUA